AUGAAUUCGGACUCCAGCUCGGUGUCCAGCAGAGCGUCGUCGCCCGACAUGGAGGAGCUGUACCACCACCACCACCAUCACCACCACCACCACCACCCGGAGAGCCGCCUCCACAACUCGGUGUCGUCGACGCAGGGCGAGGGGGGCGCGAAGGGCUCGGCCGAGGGGGGCCUGGCGCGGGGGGGCGGCGCCAAGGGCGGGCCAGGCGAGAGCGGCAAGUACAAGCUCAAGAAGCAGCUCUCCGAGCAGGACCUCCAGCAGCUGCGCCUCAAGAUCAACGGGCGGGAGCGCAAGCGGAUGCACGACCUCAACCUGGCCAUGGACGGCCUGCGCGAGGUGAUGCCCUACGCCCACGGGCCCUCGGUGCGCAAGCUCUCCAAGAUCGCCACCCUCCUGCUGGCCCGCAACUACAUCCUCAUGCUCACCAGCUCGCUGGAGGAGAUGAAGCGCCUCGUGGGCGAGAUCUACGGCGGCCACCACUCCGCCUUCCACUGCGGCACCGUGGCGGCGGCCGCGGCGGCGGCCCACUCGGCGGCGGGCCACCCGCCCACCCACCCCGCCGCCGCAGUCGUCCACCCGGCCGUCCACCCGCUGCUGGGCGGCGCGCUGUCUUCGGCCAACUCGUCCUCCUCGCUCUCGGCCUCGCUGCCCGCCCUCGGCACAAUCCGGCCGCCCCACGCCCUGCUCAAGAGCCCCUCCGCCCCGCCAGCCCUCCCGCUGGGCGCCGGCUUCCAGCACUGGGCCGGCCUGCCGUGCCCCUGCAGCAUCUGCCAGAUGCCCCCGCCGCCCCACCUCUCCGCCAGCCUGGCCCGCAUCUCCACAGAGGCCACCAAGGACUUGCUCAAGUGA